GCAGCCAAGCAAGCAAGAGCAUAUUCAAUCCAACCUCAGACGAUCAUGGGCAGCACACACUCCGACUGCAAUAGCAAAGUAAGCAGCUAUGGCGAUACGACGCCCAGUCAAAUGGGCUGCUGCCUGUCGGCACGUUCACAGUGGAGCCAACUGGUGGCCCAGCUGCAGCGCAAUUUGACCAAGAAGCGUCGCUGCGCCUUUCAGCGUGGCUGUGGAGCACGCACAGCACUGCUGCGGCCCAUGCCUAGAUGCUCCUCCUUUGGCAGCUGCAGCACACUACUGACGCCCAGCAAGCAGCAGCUGCAGAAGAAGAAGAGGAAACAGCAGAAGCCGACGACAACGCUGGCGGACAACAACUACGCUCAGUGGAAAUGCAUGUUCGAGCAUGCUGAAAGCAAGCGACUGCUGCCCAAAGUCCAUGACAUUAGCGAAGCGCUCUCGGGACAGACAACGCCUCGAGGCUUUCCCUCGCACACGGACGUACGUCGCUGCACGUUGGCCGAACAGCACAAGCUGAUGGAGGAAACUCAGCCGGUGCCUCUCUACGAUGACUGCAAAGUGAAACGUCGUCUUAGCUUCCGUUUGCCCGGCAGCAGCGGCCAGAGCAGCGUGCGUCGUCUGUCCACGCGCCAAAAGGCCGACCAGGCCAAGCUCGAGGAGCAGCUGGAGCGAGAGCUACGUGAUCUGGAGGAGUACUACGGCGCCUUUCACUAUGCACGGCGCAACGAGCGACGCAUUUGAAGAACA